AUGCUCCAAAGAGAGGCAACAGUACUGGGGAGUGGGAUUACAGACGACCAUCGUGAGAGAAAGACUAUGGAAAAAGUACAAAAUACCACUAAUGGAUAUGGCUGUUUUGAACACUGCACUCCUCUGGGACAGAGCACGUCCAGCUCACCCACCUCGGCUCCACUCAGUCGCCUCCUGAGAUGUGGGGCUCUGGUCCUUACUGUCGGCGUCGCGCUGUUGUUGUGUGCGUCCUUGGCUGCUCUCCACCUAUGGAAAGUCAGCGAUAAAAACGUUUAUAAUGUUCGCUACAGCAUGAACAUCAAUGGGGCGGUGAGGGAGGGCUCCGUGGAAAUUGAUUCUGACAACAACCUGGAGAGGUUUAAAACUGGGAGUGGAGCUGAGGAAGCCGUGGAGAUUCAUGACUUUGGAAUUGGAAUUACAGGAAUUCGCUUCUUUGGAGGUGACAAGUGUUACAUCAAAUCCCAAAUCAAAGCCAAUCUUCCGCACAUGGGAGCUCACAACAAAGAGUCGCUAAUGUUCGACCAGAUGGAUGAAUUAAUGCCGGUGAGGUUUGACGAUGGCUUCCUCGUAUGGGUCGCAGGAGAGCAGCCUCUAAAAGACACCAGUUUUCUGAGCCAAAAAAUCCUGGGUCUUUGUGGAGAACUUCCCAUUUACUGGCUCCAGCCUACCUAUGCUAAAGAUGGGGAGAGGAGAAGGAGAGACACGCAGCGAGCCAAACGGCAGUUUAGCAUGGAGGAGGUUGAGGCAGCUGCUGAGCAGAGGGACCCGGUGAGUCGCGCAGAGGACGACACCUCCAGGGUCGUGGAAGAGGAGGAAGGGGAGGGGGCACAGUCAACGGCGGGGUCUGCGUACAAUCCCGAAAACCCCUAUCACCGCGGCGGAGCGGCCGGAGGGGAAGGCGCCAUGACCUUUGACACCAUGUUAGACCACCAGGGGAUCUGCUGCUCAGAUUGCCAGCGCAGCUACACUCACUGUCAGAGAAUAUGCGAGCCCCUGCGUGGCUACUGGCCCUGGCCUUACAACCACAGAGGGUGCCAGGUAGCCUGCCGAGUCAUCAUGCCUUGCCGCUGGUGGGUGGCGCGCAUUCUAGGUGUUGUGUGAGACAACAUGCCACAUCCGUGAGGCAACAUACCUUUAUCUUCUUUUCUUUUUUCCCCCCAAAAAGGGUCACAACAUUUUGUUGGGCUUUGAUUCAGACAUGCGUGCAGAUAUUUAUUAUUUCACAGUAAAAACCCUCAUAGCUACACCUUAAUGACAUGAAAUGCGGAUCAUUGUGUGUGAUUAUCUGAAAGGUAAAACAGACUAUACAAUGUAUUUUACAUAAACAUGUUACAUAUAAACAGGUGCUCUCUCUUGGUAGGCACACUCUGCUUCUUCACGUAUAGCCAGAGUAAAAGUGGGAUACAUAAAUGGCAUGUUCCUAUUUGCAGCGACAGACUCACAAAUGAGCACAUUCAUUUUUUUGCAUAUCGUAAUGCCGAGGCUUAAUGCACUGUACUGUGUAUAAUGGAGGGUAUGGGACUGAAUCCAAAUGCUCUCCAGAUCAUGUACCUUUUCUGACUGA